AUGGGGCCCCCGGGCAAUAGGGGAUCAUGGGGCCGUGUGUCCUUGCCCAAACUCAAAAAAGCCUAUAAAAAAGGUACCAGGGGCAUCUCAUGGGGCCCCCUACUGACCCCAGACCCUCGGGCAGUGCCCAAGUUUCCAAAUGGUCAGUCCGCCCCUGGUGCGGAUCAGCAACCAGUAGUUCGCGGCCAGGGGCAGACUGACAACUCAUGGGGCCCCCGGGCAAUAGAGGAUCAUGGGGCCCCUGUGUCCUCGCCCACACCAAAAAAAGCCUAUGAAAAAGCCAAUGAAAGGUACAAGGGGCAUCUCAUGGGGCCCCUACUGACCCCGGGCCCUCAGGCAGUGCCCGAGUGCUCCAAUGGUCAGUCCGCCCCUGCACCUAUCUAU